AUGCGUCGAUUACAUCAUCCAGUCCCGUAUGUACCCGAAGGUGAAUUUAGACGAUCAAUAUUAAAAGUUUAUCAUGACACCGCUGCAAAUGGUGCUCACUUCGGUAAAAAUAAAACACUACACAAAAUUCGAACACGUUACUUUUGGCCCAUGAUGUACACAGACAUCACUAAUCAUGCUAAAUCAUGCAUUUUAUGUGCUCAACAUAAUCCACGCCGACAAAAACCUCCUGGAAAAUUACGACCGAUAAAACCACCUGAAGGAGUAUGGCAACUAUUCGCUAUGGAUUUUCAUGGACCAAUCAAUCCAACAUCACAACACGGCAACAAAUACAUAAUAUCUCUCACCGAUAUCUUAUCGAAAUUCGUUGUUACCAAAGCCGUCAGAGACAACUCCGCUCAGACAACGGUGAAAUUUCUCAAAGAGGAUGUCAUCGCGAAAUUCGGAACACCUCGUUGUAUUCUCACCGACGAUGGAACGCAUUUCACCUCGGCAUUAACAAACGAAUUAAUCAAACAGAUCGGCGCAACACACCUUUACUCCACACCAUAUAAUCCCGAAACAAAUGGACAAGUAGAAAGAUACAAUUCGACAAUGGACGCAAAAAAUCGCCGCACUGUCGAAUCAACGCAAAACAGACUGGGAAAACCAAUUACCAUUUGUCACAUUCAAUUAUAA